AUGCCUGCAUCUAGGUCCCCCCCACCAUGCCUCAAGGAUUCCGAUCCUGUCUUGCGGUACAUUGGAGCUGGCGCCUUUAACGGUAUACAGAAGACCGAGCUGGACGAAGCUCAGAGGAAGCAGGCUGCGGCUCCCAGACCCCUUUACCAGUAUCCCUGGUUCAGCGAUGGGUUUGCUCAGCACCGGCGCCGAGCCCUGAGAACCUACUUCUAUUCCAACAUCGUCAAUUGGCUCAUUGUCUGGGCGUCGGUCUCUCUCCUGUAUGGCACGUACAUCCGGAACGACGAUCUGGGGAAGUUGGAGGUUUUCGUUGUAAACUUCGAUGACGAUAGUCUUGGUUCCCAAGUGGUCGACGCGUUUGAGGUUUCACUUGAGCGGGCGAAUCAUCUUCGUCUAAUUUUUCGAGACACGUUUGCAUCAAUCCAAGAAGUGCGGGAUGCUGUCUACGACGAGCAGGCAUGGGGUGCUGUUAUUGUGAACGCUGCAGCUACGCAACGCCUCAGACAGGCUCUCGUCACCGGAAAUUCUAGCUAUGACCCAACCAGUGCGAUCGAGGUCGUCUCCGAAGGCGCGCGAAACCCGUUGACCUCCAACAGCCAUCUUGUCCCAGCAAUUCUCGCAAUUCUUGAGCCAGUCAUCGUGCAAGCUUCGAUGAACGCGAGUGCUACAUUCUUAUCUGCCAAUCUCGACAAUGCGACGGCAAUCCGAACCGCCCUCAAUUGCCCGCAGUGCCUAUCAUCCGGCUUUUCCUACCUGGCAAAUGACCUUCGUCCAGCAUAUAGCCCGAGUGCUUUUGGCGCAGUGCUCAGCGGAGCGAUCGCUCUUAUAACUUUCAGCUUCACCGUGGCUGGUACGGCGAACAAGAUCGGCAUUUUGCUCGGAGAAUAUUUAAACAUCACGUCGACGAUUGCGUGGCGGUGGCUCAGUUGCAUGUUUGCAUACUUCAUCAUUGCUCUGUCCAUCACGGGUAUUCAAGCCGCGUUCGGGAUACCGGUUACGACACCAUUUGGAGGUCGAGGCUUCGUGAUACUGUGGAUGUUGAACUGGAUGACAGUUUCCGCUUUCGGAUUGGCCAUUGAGGCGAUAGUGACGGUCUUCGGUUUCUGGACUACAAACUGGUUCCUAAACUUCUGGGUGUUCUGGAACUCUGCUGGUGCCUCGUACUCGAAUGAGCUGAUGCCAGGAUUUUACAAAUAUGGCUACGGUUUUCCACUGGUGCAUGCGAUUCGCGGAACGUCGACGAUUAUAUAUGGCACAAAGAGUCAUCUAGGCCUCAACUUCAGCGUAUUGAUGGUCUGGAUUGUCGUGUCGUCUGUAGUAAUGGCAGUUGCGACCACCCUCCGCUUACGCUGCAACAUGCGGAGAGGAGUCCACACUCUUCCGUGA